UAUAACCUACACGUUGUGUAUAUCAAAUAGUUAGCUCGAACCCGAUGGCAUCGGCUUAUACAUACACUGCCAUCUAAAAGGGUCUAAAUGCACAACAUAAUCUUAAUAAUGUGUGACUGGACAAAGUAAUAUAAGUAGUUUAAUUAUCAUGUCACAUUUUUGUCAGUUGCUAAGGUAAACAUAUUUGUGGUUCAAUAUAUGACACUCUCUUACUUUAAUCUCUGCCUUGGAAACUUAUAUAGCCUACACCAUAUGACUCAUUACAUAAUUUACCAGCGCAAAAUAUUACAAACCAAAGCUGUCUCCCUCUAAAGGUCCAGUACAAACACUGAACACAGUCUGUGAAGGAAAGUGACAGAAGUCUUGUGAUGGUUGGCGGGUCAAGCGUAUUUCUAGCCUGUUGUUUUGAAGGUUUAGUCCUGCUUGAGAAGAGGGGGGUUAAAACCCCGAGUUAAAGAUGGCGGAAAUUGAGGGAGAAGAGAGCCCUCGUCCCGCUUCUCCGUCGCUGAUACCCCCUGUUAACGGUCCCGGGAUGGUCGGAUCCGGUUCUGGCAACCUGACGCCGACCAUGGUGACUUCGGGUCCGCGGGUGGUUCGGAUAGUAAAGUCAGAAUCGGGUUACGGAUUCAACGUCCGCGGUCAAGUGAGUGAAGGCGGCCAGCUGCGGAGCAUUAACGGGGAGCUGUACGCUCCUCUCCAGCAUGUCAGUGCCGUGUUAACCGGGGGCGCGGCGGACCAGGCCGGUAUCGUGAAAGGAGACAGAAUACUAGAGGUAAAUGGUGUGAGCGUGGAGGGGGCGACACACAAGCAGGUGGUGGAUCUGAUCAGGGCUGGACAGAGGGAACUGGUGGUGACUGUUCUCUCUGUGCCAGCACAGGAAGUGGAAGGGCUCGAUACCAGUGAAGAAGGCUCUGUGCUACCCAAUUAUGACUAUGGCGACAAGCAGGCAGUCCCCAUUUCAAUCCCUACAUACAAACAUGUGGAACAGCACUCAGAGAAAUUUGUGGUCUAUAACAUGUACAUGUCCGGCAGACAGCUGUGCUCAAAACGUUACCGGGAGUUUGCAAUACUUAAUCAGAACCUGAAGAGAGAGUUUUCCAACUUUACUUUCCCAAAGCUGCCAGGGAAAUGGCCCUUCUCUCUGUCUGAACAGCAGCUGGACGCUCGCAGGAGGGGACUGGAGGAGUAUCUGGAGAGAGUGUGCUCGGUGCGGGUUAUCAGUGAAAGUGACAUUAUGCAAGAAUUUUUGUCUGAAUCAAAUGAAAACCAUAACGGUGUAACCGAUGUCGAGUUACGGAUAGCGCUACCUGAUAAAACCACAGUCUCAGUGAGGGUCCGGAAAAACAGCACCACUGACCAGGUUUACCAGGCUCUUGUCGUGAAAGUUGGAAUGGACAGCAUGAUGGCCAGUUACUUUGCUCUCUUUGAAGUUAUUAACCACUCCUUUGUGCGUAAAUUGGCUCCUAAUGAGUUCCCACAUAAGCUUUAUGUUCAGAACUACACGUCAGCAGUGCUCGGCACGUGUCUCACAAUGUGCAAAUGGCUCUUCAGCACAGAGGAAGAAGAACUGCUGCGGGACAACCCUCUGGCCCUGCACUACUGUUUCUAUCAGGCACAGGAAGAUGUGAAGAAGGGCUUCAUUAAAGCAGAGGAUAAGGCGUACCAACUGCAGAAGUUAGCAGAACAGCGGAAGAUGGCAAUGUAUCUGAAUCUUCUGCACUCAUGUGAAGGGUAUAACGAGGUGAUGUUCCCUCACUGUCCAUGUGACUCACGGAGGAAAGGUCAUGUGAUCUCGGCCGUCAGCAUGAAGCACUUCAAACUGCACGCCUGCACGGAGGAUGGCACUCUGGAGAAUCAGGUGAUCAUCUUUGAAUGGUCAGAGAUGCAGAGAUGGGACACAGAUGAGGAGGGUAUGGCCUUCUGCUUUGAAUAUGUGCGAGGACAGAAGAAACCUCGCUGGGUCAAAGUUUUCACUCCUUAUUUUAACUACAUGCACGAGUGCUUUGAGAGGAUUUUCUGUGAGCUCAAAUGGAGAAAAGAGGUUGAAGAAGAGGCCUCGGACAAAGGCAAUAAGAACUGUAGUAAUAACGAUUACCUCUCCCCGCUGGAGCAACAGAAGGGUUGGUGCCACCUAGGGGGCGAGAUUGCCACUUCAUAAAACUCCUCUCAAAGUCCCACUGUAGAACUGCAGAAGUGGUGCUGAAUCAUCACACCAGAGGACCACCAUAAUGACCAUGUUACCACGGCAACACCCCAGCAACGCCAUACCAAGAACGUUUCCACGGAGACAAUUGUGUGCCUUUUCAGAUGCAGAGCGUUCCGUAUGGCAGCCACAUCACCAUGGCAACACAAAAUGCCAUUAUGAUCAUGGCAAGACAGAUGCAUAAUAAGCUACAGUGCCGUUUCACACCCAAUCAAAAGCACCAAUGGAAUCUGCUGUCAUUUCCAUCAAUAGAUACUUUGAACAAAAGAAAAAAAAUGCAUAGGACAAGACCUAGAGAUCUUCCAUUCCACUGGUUCAGGAGAAAGGCUCUUCUUACUUUCUGCUGGUUGGAAUUUCAAGAACAUGAGCUUAAGAAGAGGUCUAUUGACUCAGUUAACGGGGAAGCAUAGAAAAGAAAGAGGAAACACUUUGUGAUAUGGAACGGCAGUCACUAUCACAAUGGUUAAAGAUUUUAAUAUAUAUGAGAAGGGGAAAGCUAUGCAUAAAAAGUCAUUAUAGGAAGUAAAUAAGUGGGAUAGCAAGGUUGCCAUACAGAUGAUUCGUAUGGUUGUUCUUUUAGGGGAAAGAUGGUAUGGCUAGAUUUUUAUUUUUUUUUUCUCCCAGUUUUGCUGACUACAAUUAUCUCAUAUAGUGAACAUUUUUACAUUUAUUUCAAAAUAUAAUUAAAUUAGGAGUAAACAAGUCUGUGGUGGCAGUAUCAUGGGAGCUUUUUUGUAUGCUGAAUGUGUGUGAUUGUGUUGAUUGAGAGAGAGAAAAAAAUGUAAGAAAAAAGAUUUAAAGAUAAAGUUUUGCGUUAAUUCAAGUGUAGUUUCCGCAAGCUCUCUGUAGAGGGUGCAGGCUUCUCAUGCAAACAUAAGGCCUAUAUAUUUGAGACAUGAUAUAUGUCCGUUUCACUCUGUAUGUGGGUUCAAAAGUGAGUCAGUUUUGUUUAUUUAUGUUUAAUUGUGUUUUGGCUACAGAGGAAACAUCGCUGAACCGUAACUGUGUUUGUUUUAGUGUUAUUUAUCGUCAAAGAAAGAGGAUAGCGGCUUCCCCGGGAUCCGUCAUAGCGUACCUGUUGGUACGAUCUGUUAAAACCGCUACAUUUAAGGGACGGACUAAGAAUAUUGUGAAUAGUUUUAAUAGUGUUUCUUAACAUGACCUGAGGCACUGUGAGGCCAUAAGUCUCUAUUCAGUAAUAAAUGUCCUUAAAUGUGCUAAAAUAGCCAAGACGCUUUGCGUCUUUUUGUACCACCAAUUCACCCUAAAAGCAUUGUUUUACUUGUUGGAAAUAUUUUAACAGCAUAGCACGGGUCUAACAGGGGAACUUCAGAUGCUCCCCUACCUGGUCGGAUGGCAAAACAUCAAACCCCCACCAUAAAGGCCAAAAUGUGCUGCCCUGUUUAACAGUGCUAUUUCUUAACAGACAUGAAUGUUUAAUGCAAGUCAGAAGCUUUCACUAUUCCAUUUCAGCACAAUACUGCGAGAAAUCGUCUAACCUCGGUUCCCAGAGAUGAAGGGAACGAGACAUUGCUGAAUGCUUUGGGGAAAUUCCUUUUCCACAACCUAGUUGAAGCCUUUGUAUCAUAAUGCCAAUCUAACGAUUGGCAUUGUUGUUUGAGUCCCGCACUUUUAGGUGCGCAUUUGCCCUAUAUAAGCGGGCGCUCGCACACCAUUUCUUCUGAAUUUUCUGACCGAGGACAAGAACAUACCUCGAAACUCUGAAGUCGUAGUUGGGCCAAGUUUGCAAUGUCUCGUUCCCUCCAUCACAGGGAGCCGAGGUUACAAGAGUAACCAGAGACAUUCCCUAUCGAUUCAGUUCACGAGACAUUGUCCCAUCAUGCUGCGCCACGUAACGUAAUACCCUUGGAUGCACCAGGGUGUAAAACACUUAGAAGAAUAUGUAAAUAAGGUCGCAGGCUCGUUGGGUGGUGACUUAGUAUAAUAUCUCUUUCGUGUAUAUGAAAAUGAGUAACCCCACAUGGUGAAAACCAGACAGAAAAUUAAUCUUAGUCUGAGGAUGUGUAUGAGUCUUAUAAUACACACAGUAUAAUUUAACCCUUCAUACCAGAGGUGGGAGGUUUUAUUAUUUUUAUUGGAAAUGCUUGUGACUUCUAGUGGGAGUAAAUUGUGUAGCGGAGUACUGUAUUAAAAUAUAACUGGUAGCCUGCCAUGAUAAGGGGCUCGGGCUCACCCGCCGGGUGCUGGAAUAGUAAGUCCAAUGCUACGUCUAGGUUAUAAAACCAAGCAAACUUGUUUUGCGAAGACUAUCCUGCUGCAAAGCAUAUAUCCUGUAAGGAUAUACCAUAAGUCUAUGCCCAUAAAGAGGCCAUGCCUCUAGUUGAAUGCGCUUUCACGGCAAUAGGGCAUCUUACGCAUGUGAUUCAUAAGCGAAGGCGAUCGCAUCGAUGGUCCAGUGAGAUCGCCUUUGUUUGGAGACUGACAUGCCUUUUGUGCAUCCUCCAUAACAAACAAAGAGCUGAUCUGACAGUCUAAACUGGCGAGUGCACUCCACAUGCAUGUGCAAUGCCUGCACGGGGCAUAAUAAAUACUAACUAAUGCUAACAGCUCUUCAUCCGAAUUAGAAGGUGGACAAGAGAAAGCUUGUAGGUGCACUAUCUGAGCCCCAAGGAUGUGGAAAGCACCUUAAGCACAUAGCCUUUUUGGGGUUUGUUGGUGGCUUUUGAAAGCCUGGGACCGAAUUCCAGACAUGAACUCUCAACCAUGUAUAUCACCAACCCGUUUGACUUAAGCCAGAGCUAACAGCAUUGCCAUCUUUAAAGAGAGCACGCAUAAUUCAACCAAUUCCAUAGGUUCGAACGGGGGGCUCGUGAGCGCCCUCAGCACCAGAUUCAAGUCCCAUGUUGGAACCAUAGCUUAAGAGGGGGUUUCAAACGCGAUGCUCCCUAAGGAACUUUAUGAUUAGAUCGUGUCUGCCUAUAGAGGAGCCAGCCUCUGGGGCGUGAAAUGCUGAGAUGGUCGCUACUUAAACCUUAAGCGUUGAUGAAGUAAGGCCUGCAUCUAACCACUCUUGAAAUAAUGUAAAGAUCUCUGUUAUGGGGCAGUUCACUGAGUCUUUGAUGCGUAAAGAGCCCCAAUCCGCAAACACAGGCCAUGUUAGUGCAUAGUGGCAUCUCGUAGACGGCGCUUUAGCCUGCAAAGUGGUGUUUAUUACAGACUGAGCCAAUUCUGGCUCGUUCGUUAUCCUAGGGUUCAGGGGGCAUACGUGUAGGUUCCACAGCUCCGGCUGGGGAUGCCAAAUCGUGCCAUGCGCUUGAGAGAGUAGGUCCCUCCUCAGCUGUAUUCCCAAUGGAGUGCAACCUAAUAUCUCCAUUUAUGGAAACCAUGGUUGGUUGGACCAUUUCGGCGCAACCAACCGAACCGUUUCUUUGUCCUGUCGAAUUUUACUGAUGACAGGGUGGAGGAGACGUAUCAGGGGAAACGCAUAUUUGUAUGUCGUCGGUCACUUGUGGGCCAAGGUGUCCACUCCCUGCAGGGCUUGGGACAAGGAGUACCAAAGAGGGCAGUGGGCUGUCUCUGUGGAGGCAAAUAGGUCGACUUCGAUUUUGCCGAAGUGUUCCCAAAUCCUUAUAACCAUUUAAGGAUGAAAUCUCCAUUCCCCUGCCAUCGGCAGGAGUAGCAGGGCUCAAACACCAUUGCCAAUCAUAAGACUGGCAUUAUGUGAUACAAAGGCUUCAACUAGGUUGUGGAAAAGGAACUUCCCCAAAGCGUUCAGCAAUGUCUCAUGAACUGAAUCGGUAGGGAAGCACUUAACCACAUCAGAAUGCCCUGAUCAGUGAAUGAGAAUGUUUGUGUGUUUGUCUGCAAUAGAUUGCUCUCUGGUCAGAGUAAAGACUGUCAUUACAACAGCAUAGUAGCAAAAAUUGUUAUUGGUCAAAUCAACUUGAUUGUCUUCAGUCCUGAUCAUUUCCAUGUUUGAUUAGUUCAACCAGUUUAUUAAUGUGAAUGAAGAAAAAACCAGCAUGUGUGUAUAGUGGUUGUGUAACUUGUCAUUUUGUCAGGACCAUGUAAAAGAAGGUGUCAACCAUGUAAUGUUCACCAGUGCUAUACAAAUGUUAAUUGUUUGAUCAGUGUUUAUUUUGUGUCAGUAUGCAGGAAAAAGUAUAUGAAUGUACUAGAAUGUAUUUAUAACAUGGAUAAUUAUUAAUAAGAAUGGUUUUUGAUAUUAACUUGAAGUGCAGCAGUUUAAGAUUGUCAUUACCCUUACUACAACUUAAGACACUAACCUACUGUUAGCCUCCCUCUGAGUGUUUUUUUUCUUCAAGCAAUAUUCCAGAUUCAAUACAAGUUCAGUUCAGACGAUAUCAUUUGUGGCAAAAUGUUGACACCAUGAAAAUUAUUUUAACUUGUCCCUCCUGUUCUUUAAGAAAAGGAGAAUUCUGGGUCACAUUGACACACUUGCAAUAGAACUGAAUGGGGCCAAUCCAUAAACGUUAAAAUACACAUUUUUGCCCUUAAACCAGUGGCGUAGACCCAUGCCCACCCAGAAUAUUUGAGAUAAUUUUUUUAACUUUAUUUAUAAAAGUAAAAUAAAAUGCAUAAUUUCUGAAAGUGUGAAAGAACUGUUUGAAUGCGCCGCUUCUCUGAUGUUAAAAAAUAUAUACAUUUUUAUUGAGGCCCACCCAAAAGUAAUUUCCUGGCUAUGCCCUUGCAUUACCCCCACCAAAACUUGGCCCCAUUCACUUCCAUUGUAAGUGCCUCACUGUAAUAAUCAACAUGAUGUCACAAAUGCUGUCGAGUGAGAGAAACUUGUAUUAAACUCGGAACAUUCCUUUAGCUUUAGGUCUGCUCACCUUGAACGUGUUAUUAAUGUUUUGAGUGUUUCCCUGUGAAUUUAGAAAUAUCAUUGCAUUCCCGUCACGAAUGACGAUUUCGUGAAUUGACGUGCAAACAUUUAACAGCUAUUUUUCUGUCUUCUGCGCUUCAUCUGUAAAUGUACUGCUUAUGUGUGGUACUGACAGACUUUAUAGACCUUUUUUGACAGAAAAUAUUCAUUUAUUUUUCUGCUAAAUCAAGGAUAUUGAAGGCCUUUGCUGGUGUAAGUUUCGGGAGGGGUUUUGUAUGGAAAAAUAUAUAAUGCAUAAGUGAAAGAGAUAAAGAGGGUGCAUUAUUUCAUGUAGCCUAGCUAAUGGCAUAAAUUAACAAUAUCGGGAUACAAUAGUUCCAGAGUUAUAAAAAAAAACUUUAACAAACAUGAUAUAGGUUGAAACAUUUUAA